AUGAAGCUCGAGAAGUGGCUGCCAGAAAUCGGGAUCAACAACAAGGGCAACAAGAGCUUCCGCGCGACCCGUCGGCGCACGCGCGCUCUCCGGCAAAAGUGCACCCAGCCCGACCUCUUCGAAACCAUGUACGGUCGCACCAACAUUCGCAUGUCGCGUGGUUACGAAGGUUCGCUGUAUCGCGUCGAGCAGUUCGUCAACAAAAUCCUGCGCGGGGAGCCUGUCACUUUUAGUGCUAUCGGCGGGAGUGUCACCGCGGGCCAUCAUGUAGUGGCGGAAGAGAUCUGGGUCAAACUGCUUGGCGACUGGCUCCGCGACUGGUUCCCACACGAUGGCUUCAUCACCGUCAUCAAUGGAGCAGUCCCCGCGACUGGCUCGGGGUACUUCUCUUUCUGUUUUCCGCUGCACAUUGCCGAUGACUCGGAUCUAGUCGUCAUUGAACUUGGCGUCAAUGACGAGCCCGAUCCCGAGAUGACUGACAACAUGGAGGCUCUUCUGCGCGGUGUUCUCGGCAUGAACAACAGCCCGGCCGUCAUGCUUGCUGAGGCGAUGGCUUUCAGCAUGGGCCAGAUGUCUGGCGGUGGUGGACGCUAUCAUCUCCCUGUUGCGCAGUACUACGAUGUUCCAGUCAUUAAUCAACGCCACCCGCUUGCUAACCAUUUUGCUCGGUUCCCGGAAGUGGUCCCGAUGUAUUUCUCGGAGGAAUGGGAACAGUCUGACCUGCGGCACUUCAACUGGCACGGCCACCGCGACCUCGCAUACCUUGUGGCAAGCCUGAUUCGUGAUGUGGCCUGCGAGCUUGUGGCCGACCCCGAUUACUUGCCACCACCACCCGAUCACCAUCCGCCUGGUGUUCAAGAGCACACUCCUGGCUCGCCUGGCGAAAGUUUCCACGAUCAAGUGACUGCGCUGUACGGCGAGGACACCAGGCAUGUUCUCCGUAAGAUGGAAGCGGAUUGGCCUGAGGAAGCGCGCUCCUGGCUAUACCAGCCCCCGGCGCCGAAGCAACGCAGGCGCGACAAUGUGGAGGGGCCACCGCCACCUGAGGGCGAAGAGGCGCCUCAGGAGGAGACCCGUGUUCCAGAAGAGCCCGCAUUACCCCCUCGAGUGUGGAUGCCUGGUUUCUGGUCACGGCCAGCGGAACUCGGCAUGCUCCCCCGAAUUAACGGCAUGGAGGGCUGGAAUGCGGACGUGAAUCAUCGCGUCCCCGAAUUCCAUCCGACUUGCAAGAGCACACACUCAGAGGAUCCACAGUUCCAGCUCCUCCCUAUAGAGAAAGACCCGGAGUGGGACUACUGGGUGCACCCUGAGCACUGGGAUAAGCCGUACUACGUCUCCAAGGUUCCUGGUGCCAAGGUCAAGUUUGAGAUUGAGACAAGCGUUGGCGUCGUGAAGGUCUACAGCUUGUUUGCGCACGACAUGGGCCUCGGCAAGUGCAAGUGCUGGGUCGACGACGCGGUAGACGUCGGAAAGAUCAUUGAUGGUCGCUGGGGCAAUGCUGCCAACAUUGGCCACCUUACGACGCUGAGCACGACCAUCCCAGCCGGGACACACAAUGUGACGUGUCAGAUUUUGGAGGAGACGAACGAUCCACAUGGCGGUCAUGAGUUCCGCCUCAUUGGCGUUAUGGGAGGAUAG